GUUUGCGCAACUGUAUGACGUAGUACGUUUGGCUUGUAACGUAACUUGUGUGUUACGGGAAAUGAUAUGACAAGCUUAAUGUUUUUCACAAAUCACACAAGGAACAGAUGAAAAACGAAUUUAGUGUAAAGGUUGCUGUUCAGAUGAGGAAGGCUUGCCUGGUUGACCCUGUGUGUCACUUUCCGUUGCCAUGGCAACACCCUAUUUUCCCACAUUCCUGCUCCUUCUUUUUCUGUCUUCCCUCUUCCUCUUGCUUCUGACCCUCCUGCCUCCAGUUGCCCCAUCGAUUCCCUUUUCCGCCUCCUCUCCACCUUCACCUUGGCGGUCACUCUCCUGCGGCCUGGGGCAGUCCUGGGCCGUCCGGCUCCACUCUGGCCCACACCAUGAGGAAAAAGAUGGUGAACAGAGCUCUGUGCACCUGGAUGUGAUAGCCAACAUGGUAGCAGAGCAGGCUGGGCUGACAAACCAGGGUCAGGUUGGACAGCUAGAAGGCCACUACUUGCUGUGUUCUGUCAAGCCUGCAUCUGUGGCUGGUAUUUGGAGCAAGAGUGUCUGGCCUGGGGACGUCCUGGCAGCCCACCCUCACGUCCUGUGGUACUCCCAGGAGAGAGUGCUGAGCCGUUCUAAGAGAUCGAUGGCCUUCAAUGAUCCCAAUUACCCUAAACAGUGGCACCUGCACAAUUACCUUAAUAAGGGUAUGGACAUCAAUGUAACAGGGGUGUGGGAGCGCAACAUAACUGGCCAAGGAGUCACAGUGGUGGUGGUAGAUGACGGGGUGGAGCACACCCACCAGGACAUCCAGCCUAACUAUAGUGCAGAGGGCAGUUACGACCUGAACUCCAAUGACCCAGACCCAAUGCCUCACCCGGACAUCCAAAGCGACAACCACCACGGUACGCGAUGUGCCGGAGAGAUCGCAGCCGUUCCCAACAACAGCUUCUGUGCUGUGGGGGUGGCCUACGGCAGCAAGGUCGCAGGUAUUAGAGUCUUGGACGGCCCGCUGACGGACAGCCUUGAGGCCAUAGCCUUCAACAAGCACUACCAGGUCAACGACAUCUACAGCUGCAGUUGGGGUCCAGAUGAUGACGGACACACUGUGGAUGGACCCCAUCCCCUAGGCAAGGCGGCGCUGCAGCACGGGGUGAUUGCAGGCAGACAAGGUUUCGGCAGCAUCUUUGUGGUUGCCAGUGGCAACGGAGGUCAAUACAAUGACAACUGCAACUUUGACGGCUACGCCAACUCCAUCUACACCAUAACAAUCGGAGCGGUCGAUGAGAAAGGCAGGAUGCCCUUCUAUGCUGAAGAGUGUGCGUCCAUGCUGGCUGUCACUUUCAGCAGCGGGGGGAGCAAGCUGAGGAGCAUUGUGACGUCAGACUGGUCGAUGCGGAAGGGGACUGGCUGUACGGAUGGCCACACCGGCACGUCUGCUGCAGCCCCACUGGCGGCCGGAAUGGUGGCCCUCAUGCUGCAGGUCCGUCCCUGUCUCAGUUGGAGGGACGUACAGCACAUCAUCACCUUUACCGCCACCAAGUGUGACAACAGUGCAGACUGGAGGGUGAACGGAGCUGGUUUUCACCACAGCCACCAGCACGGAUUUGGUCUGCUCAAUGCAUGGAGACUUGUCAAUGCUGCCAAGGUAUGGGAGUCAGUGCCGUUUCUCGUGUCGUAUCAGAGCUCAGUUAUAAAGGAGGAAGUGCCCAUCCCAACUUAUCCUGACGAGCUGAUCCGCAUCUGGAAAGUCUCUGCUGCUGACCUGAGACAGUCUGGAAUGGAAACACUAGAGCAUGUGGCUGUUACCGUUACGAUAACCCACCCUUGCCGUGGCAACGUGGAGAUUGUGUUGGUCUGCCCAAGCGGUAUGACAUCAGUCAUCGGGGCACGCCGGGCCAUCGAUAGAGACCCAGCAGGCUACCAGGACUGGACUUUCUCCACUGUGCGCUGCUGGGGAGAGAGCGCUAAAGGCCAGUACACCCUCAAGAUAUCUGACCACAAGGAGCCAUCACUUGAGAAGUGUGCCGCUGCGGGAGUGUUGAAGCAGUCGCAGUUGACCCUGUAUGGUUCCUCAAUGAGCUCCAGCGAGGUCCAGGACAGACAGAGGCUGCUGGAGGAGGCUAUGAGUGGCAAGUAUCUGGAUAGCAGCUUCUCUUUGCCCUGUCCUCCAGGCCUGGACAUCCCUCCAGAGAUCGUCAGCCCCUUCACCUCCAACAGCCUCAAGUUCCUGCUGUUGCUGGGCUGCUUUGCUCUUUUCUGGUCCCUCUACUACACACUGGAAGUCACACUGGCCCACCUGGACCUCAGGAGCCUUCUCUGCCUGCGUAGGAAACGGGGAGGUCACCGGGCCAGGAGAGGGCACCGAGGGAGAGGAGUGGAGGAGGCGGUGGUAGAGGAGGAGGAUGGGGAGGAAGAUGAGCGGGACUCAGGGGUGGAGUUGCAUACAGUGUUGUUGGACUUCGAGACCAAAGUGCCGCAUUUAAAUGGAGAGCGGCUGGCAACAUAGUACUGAGACAGAUGAAAGCCUUUCACUGUCUAUGCUCAUGGGACGUCUCAGGCUUUCACCCUCUCCACCCCACCCACCCAGCAUCCAGUCACAGUGCAGACUGCAGAUGGACUUGACUGAGGAGUGGACUCUUUUACCUUGUCUGCAUUCCCUAAACACGUGGCCUUUUAUUAAAGUGUGUGUGUGUGUGUGUGUGUGUGUGUGUGUGUGUCUCUGUGUGUGUGUGUGUGUCUCUGUGUGUCUCUGUGUGUCUCUGUGUGUCUGUGUGUGUCUGUGUGUGUCUGUGUGUGUGUUCUUCUUAUACACCUGUCCCUAGGACAAUCCUCUAAAGUGAGGAUAUUUUGUCAGUCCUGGGGUUACAUUUCCUAUCAGGAUUAGGUUUGGGUUAGAGUAAUGAAUUUGCAGGAAUGAAAGUGUGAAUACAGGCUUGUCUACGUGUAAAUGUACGCACAGAAGAUUUGAGCUUACAGAUUGGUGGCAUAUACUUUGCGAGCACCUUUGGAGGGGGGGUGGGGGUCAUUAAACC